AUGGCCUCCAUCUCGGAGCGCACCUUCAUCGCCAUCAAGCCCGACGGAGUCCAGCGGGGACUGGUGGGAGAGAUCAUCAAGAGGUUUGAACAGAAGGGAUUCAAACUGGUGGCCAUGAAAUUUAUGCACGCCUCUGAGGACCUCCUGAGGGAACACUACAUUGACCUGAAGGACCGGCCGUUCUACGACGGGCUGGUGCAGUACAUGCACUCGGGACCUGUUGUAGCUAUGGUGUGGGAAGGUCUUAAUGUGAUUAAGACUGGAAGAGUGAUGCUGGGGGAAACUAAUCCAUUUGAUUCAAAGCCUGGCACUAUUCGUGGUGACUUCUGCAUUCAAGUUGGAAGGAACAUCAUUCAUGGAAGUGAUUCUGUAGAAAGUGCUGAGACAGAGAUCAAUUUGUGGUUCACUCCUGAAGAACUGGUUGAUUACAGAAGCUGUGCUCAUGAAUGGAUCUAUGACUAA